AUGUUAAGCAACAUUCUACUAUUGUCUCUUCAGAUAAGUCUCCUAGGAACCACUCUUGGUGGGAAUGUUCUGAUUUGGCCAAUGGAAGGCAGUCAUUGGCUAAAUGUUAAGAUAAUUAUAGAUGAACUAAUUAGAAAAGAGCAUAAUGUGACUGUGCUAAUGGCCUCUGGUGCACUUUUCAUCACACCGACCAUUAACCCAUCUCUGUCAUUUGAAAUAUACAAAGUACCCUUUAACAAAGAGAGAAUAGAAGGAGUGAUCAAGAACUUUGUUUUGACAUGGCUGGAUCACAGACCAUAUCCUUCAACAAUUUGGAGAUUCUAUCAGGAAAUGGCCAAAGUCAUUGAGGACUUCCACAUGGUGUCCAGAGAGAUCUGCGAUGGUGUUCUGAAAAACCAAAAGCUGAUGGAAAAACUGAACAAAAGCAAGUUUGAAGUCCUGGUAUCAGAUCCAGUGUUUCCCUGUGGUGAUAUAGUAGCUCUAAAACUGGGAAUUCCAUUUAUGUAUUCCUUGAGAUUUUCUCCAGCCUCAACAGUGGAAAAGCAUUGUGGAAAGGUCCCAUACCCUCCCUCGUACGUUCCUGCUGUUUUAUCAGAACUCACCGACCAAAUGUCUUUUGCUGACAGAGUGAGAAAUUUCAUUUCCUACCGUCUACAAGAUUACAUGUUUGAAACACUUUGGAAAUCAUGGGAUUCCUACUAUAGUAUAGCUUUAGAUGGUAGCCAUUGGUUAAAUAUUAAGAACAUUCUGGAAGAGGUGAUUCAAAGAAACCACAAUGUGACUGUACUGGCUUCACCAGCAACACUAUUCAUCAACAUCAAUGCAAAUUCUUCAGUGAAUUUUGAAGUGAUACCUGUUUCCUACAAGAAGAGCAACAUAGAUUCUUUAAUUGAACACAUGAUAAUGCUGUGGAUAGACCACAGACCAACUCCUCUCACAAUGUGGACCUUCUACAAAGAACUAGGAAAACUCCUAGAUACUUUCUUUCGAAUUAAUGUACAAAUAUGUGAUGGUGUAUUAAACAAUCCCCAGCUAAUGGCAAGGCUUCAGGAAAGUGCUUUUGAUGUGUUGGUAGCAGACCCAGUAACAAUCUGUGGUGAUCUAGUUGCUCUGAAGUUAGGAAUUCCUUUCGUGUACACAUUGAGGUUCUCUCCAGCCUCAACAGUGGAGAGACACUGUGGGAAGAUCCCAGCACCAGUCUCCUAUGUGCCUGCAGCCUUGUCAGAGCUCACUGACCAGAUGACCUUUGGUGAGAGGGUUAAAAAUACCAUAUCUUAUUCUCUGCAAGACUACAUAUUUCAAUCCUACUGGGGAGAAUGGAAUUCAUACUACAGCAAAGUUCUAGGAAGACCCACCACAUUAUGUGAGACUAUGGGGAAAGCUGAAAUUUGGCUAAUUCGGACAUACUGGGAUUUUGAAUUUCCUCGCCCAUACUUGCCUAAUUUUGAGUUUGUUGGUGGAUUGCACUGCAAACCGGCCAAACCUUUACCUGAGGAAAUGGAAGAGUUUGUCCAGAGUUCAGGUGAAGAUGGUGUCGUGGUAUUUUCACUGGGUUCAAUGGUCAAAAACCUCUCAGAAGCCAAGGCCAAUCUGAUUGCAUCAGCCCUGGCCCAGAUUCCACAGAAGGUCUUAUGGCGAUACAAAGGAAAAACACCAGCCACACUAGGAUCCAAUACUCGGCUCUAUGAUUGGAUACCCCAGAAUGAUCUUCUUGGUCAUCCCAAAACCAAAGCUUUCAUUACUCAUGGUGGAACUAAUGGGAUCUAUGAAGCGAUUUACCAUGGGGUCCCCAUGGUGGGAGUCCCCAUGUUUGCCGAUCAGCCUGACAACAUUGCUCACAUGAAGGCCAAAGGAGCAGCUGUGGAGGUGAACAUGAACACAAUGACAAGUGCAGAUUGGCUGAGUGCCUUGAGAACUGUCAUUAAUGAUCCUUCAUACAAAGAAAAUGCCAUGAGGUUAUCAAGAAUUCACCAUGAUCAGCCAAUGAAGCCCCUGGACCGAGCAGUCUUCUGGAUUGAGUUUGUCAUGCGCCACAAAGGAGCCAAACAUCUUCGGGUUGCAGCCCACGACCUCACCUGGUACCAGUACCACUCUCUGGAUGUGAUUGGGUUCCUGUUGGCCUGCAUUGCAACAACUAUAAUCUUGGUCACACAAUGCUGUUUGUGUGUUUAUCAUAAAUUUGGGAAGACAGGAAAGAAGAAAAAGAGGGAAUAGAUCUAAGUCACAGUAUUUGAAAUGGGGCAAGUUUAAUAAUUUCAUUCACAAGGAACUUAACAGAAAUAUAACUUUAUUUAAUCAAAUAUCCCAUUGUUUCUUAGUCUAAAGUCCAAAACUCAAAAAAUUGUGAACUAGUGAGUGUAUUCCAUUCUUUUUUUUUCUCUUUCCCCAUGUAACUUCAUCUUUUGCUUAGUUUCCUGAUAGAGAAACCCAAUUGUUUUUAAAUAUGUUCUAUUCAUAAUAUCACUUCUUAUGAAUUCUAACCUUAAGGUAUAUGCUGACAAUAAUUACCCUGGAUCCUGAAGAAUGCACAAACUAUAAACAGAAUCUGAGGGAUGUAGGAAAUUCAGAAGAGUCAACUGCACAAUUUCCCUUAGAGUACACAUCAGGGAACUACCCUGGAAGAUUAAUGUGUUAUGAGAGACUAGUGAUUUCCUUAAAAAUCUAUUCUGUUUGCUUAAUGUUACAAAGAUUAAAAUGUAGAUUUAAAAGCAGUAGUGUAUCAUAGUAGGAAAUAUUUAUAAAAUUUCCAUUGAACAAAGUUAGAUAAUCAUGGUCAACCUUCAUGCAUUUCUUCCUCAAAUAUUGCUGUGGCCUUUAAUGGAAUUUGCCCUCACAAAAAGUAAAUCAAUUGAGUUAUUUUUUUCUGAAUUAGUAAUAUGUUAAAGAGGAACAGAUAAUUUUAAGAGAAAGUCAUAACAUGAAAUGUAGAAGAAAUUUAGUAUUUACAUGAAAUUUUUAAUUGUUAGUGCAAAUAUCAGUUCAUUAUAUCUAAAAAUCACUAAUGCUGACAAUCUACAGUCAUUAUAAUCAAAUGUAAUUUUCUGUCAAAAUAUAAAUAAAUUUUGGAAUUUGA